AAUAAUUUACGCAUUGAGAGAAAAUAAUCUUCCGGGUAAAUGAAUGAUAAAUAAGAGUUCUGAACACAGAUGUGGAAUUAAAAUAAAUGGCGGAAGAUAUUCAGAUCGGCUUGAAAUUACAGAAUUAAAGAACUGCUCCGUCAUGGUCAUUCCAUUAAACGUGUACCGUUUGUUAGCUGAGACAGAAAAACCAACAGCAAAUCUUACGGCUCGUGAUCCAACCGCCAACGUGACAGUGUUUGGACACGUGCGUAGAAGAGUGGCGAAAUCACAGUUUAUUUCUACUUCAGCAAGUCUUGAAGCUUGCAAAUUGUUUUUAACGAAGGCAAAAGCAAAGAAAACUCGGAAGUACACGAUCGUUAAAAUUAAUUUGGUGAUGCUGCGCAUAAUGAGACAAAAGGUCAGCAUCAUUGAUCUUUCAAAUCUGACUGUUUUGAAUAGGCAUAUUCAAAGUAAUCCAGAUAGUCCUAAUAAAGGAUUUAGAUACAAUGCAAGGAAAUGGGCAACAGAUACGAAAGAAAUACUGAUAAAAGUUUGCGAUAUUCCGGCGGAGUGUAUGAAGGUAGUGUAUGGUGAACCAAACACGGAUUUAAAAACAUUUUUACCUGUUCAAUUUGGCGAUGUUGUUGGUUCUGAAAGUGAGUCUGACUUGGACGAAUCGGAUGCUGAAAGCGACUUUGAAAAUAUUAUGACUGAGGAAGAAUUAAGUAGAUUAGAAGCAGAACAAGUAUAUGAAGAAGCUAUUGCAAAUAAAGACUAUGAGUCAUUUAUGACCGAGGAAGAAAGGAUUGAGUUAGAAAUGGAACGAUAUGAACAAGCACGUGAAGAAGCUUUUUCAAAUGGAGACUAUGAGUCAUUUAUGACCGAGGAAGAAAGGAAUGAGUUAGAAAUGGAACGAUAUGAACAAGCACGUGAAGAAGCUUUUGCAAAUGGAGACUAUGAAUCAUUUAUGACCGAGGAAGAAAGUAAUGAGUUAGAAAUGGAACGAUAUGAACAAGCACGUGAAGAAGCUUUUGCAAAUGGAGACUAUGAAUCAUUUAUGACCGAGGAAGAAAGUAAUGAGUUAGAAAUGGAACGAUAUGAACAAGCACUUGAAGAAGCUAUUGCAAAUGGAGACUAUGAAUCAUUUAUGACCGAGGAAGAAAGGAUUGAGUUAGAAAUGGAACGAUAUGAACAAGCACGUGAAGAAGCUUUUGCAAAUGGAGACUAUGAAUCAUUUAUGACCGAGGAAGAAAGGAUUGAGUUAGAAAGGGAACGAUAUGAACAAGCACGUGAAAAAGCUAUUGCAAAUGGAGACUUUGAGUCAUUUAUGACCGAGGAAGAAAGAAGUGAAUUAGAAAGGGAAAACUAUGAACAAGCAUAUGAAGAAGCUUUUGCAAAUGGAGACUAUGAAUCAUUUAUGACCGAGGAAGAAAGGAAUGAGUUAGAAAUGGAACGAUAUGAACAAGCACGUGAAGAAGCUUUUGCAAAUGGAGACUAUGAAUCAUUUAUGACCGAGGAAGAAAGGAUUGAGUUAGAAAUGGGACGAUAUGAACAAGCACGUGAAGAAGCUUUUGCAAAUGGAGACUAUGAAUAA